AUGAGACCUGAACUCGGCUGGGAGAUCGAUCUGGACGACCUGGAAUCACAGAUCGACGAGUCCACAGCGGCGAUCAUUAUAAACAAUCCUUCGAACCCGUGCGGUUCCGUGUUCAGCAGGGAUCACACACUUGACAUUCUCGACGUGGCCGCUCGUUACUACAUACCAAUUAUUGCCGAUGAGAUUUACGAACAUAUGGUGUUCCCGGGGAGGACUUUUCACUCGUUAGCGUCAUUGUCGAGGGACGUCCCUAUUUUGUCGUGCAGCGGCCUGACGAAGAGGUUUUUAGUGCCCGGCUGGCGUAUGGGCUGGAUAAUCAUUCACGAUCGUCAGAACGUCCUGGAGAAGGAGAUAAGAAAGGCGCUUCAUUGUCUCAGCCAGAGGAUUAUCGGCAGCAACACGCUGAUCCAAGGCGCACUACCUGCCAUUCUGAAGAACACGCCGCAAAAAUUUUACGACGACGUCAUGAAAACGUUACACGACAAUUCGCGAGCGGCGUACAACUGCGUGACGAAGAUCCCAGGGUUGAAGCCGAUCGUGCCCGACGGCGCGAUGUACAUGAUGGUUUACAUAGAUCUGCCUUGUUUCCCGGAAUUUAAUUCCGACCUCGAAUUCGUGCAACGACUGCUAAUGGAGGAGUCUGUGUUCUGCCUUCCCGGCCAGUGCUUCGAUUAUCCGUCGUACAUGAGGCUGGUCAUCACCGUGCCGGUGGAUAUGCUCGAGGAGGCCUGCCAGAGGAUCCAGGAAUUCUGCGAGAGGCAUCACUACAAAACGGCUGAGAACACACAGAGAAACAACCUCGCUACCGUGGACAUUCCGUAUUAACGAGCGAAUAUUUUUAUAUUCUAUGCUUUUGUUUCACGCUGUUCGUUGGAUGCAACAUCGUGUGUCACUCCGAAUGUUACUCCGGGUUUGAGUACUUUGCAAGUAUUUGCCAAAUCAAAUUUAGUAACUGCAAACACUUUUUUCUUACUACAAAUAAAGUACUCAAGUGUAUGAAUACAAUUGAACGAUAAUUGUUUUGUAUAUGUUUAAUGCAUAUACGAUUGACAAUGUGAUUUAAUAUAUUGUAGUUUUAAGCUUGUAUACAUGCAGAAAAUAAUUCUACAAUCUGUUCUAUUGUAUAUUGUAAUAUCAUGACGAUAAUAUUUUAUACUUGUAAAACACGUGUUAUAAUAUUAGUGUUAUUAUUUUAUAUACUUUUAAUAUUAAUCGACGUUACAAUGUUAUAUGUAUCAUGCAUUGUGAGAUUUUUAACUGUUCUAUUAUUUAUGAUGAUAACAGCCAUUUACCAAAUCCUGUGUCAGAAUAAUUUCUCUAUUUUAGACGAUAAAAUGCACAUCUAUGACUUGUAUACAUGCAGAAAAUUAUAAUCUAUUCUAUUAUAUAUUGUAAUAUU